AGACUGCUGCGGGUGCUCUUCUGACUUUCUAAGUGGCCAUCAGCUUCUCGGAAUGGUUCUCGGCUACGUAAGAAUAAGUUUAAAGAAACUUCUCCAGUAAGCCUGUUCACAGACCUGUCUCCACCUCUGCCCCCAGUCUCCAGUGGGACACGUCUACACCCCUGCCUCUGCGUUUAGAGGCGUCCUUAUUCUCAGUACGGAAUGAACACUUUUCCAACAUGGCGCAUCCCAUUGAAAAACGCAACCUAGGCGCGGCCAUGUUCCCCGCCUAGCAACACUUCUGUAGGCAUCCAAAGCCCCAAAUCAUCAACUCCAUAACAGCUCCUAGUUGUCCGCUGAGAAGCCGCGAAGGUGACUUGCGCGUGCGCAGGACACUUUUGGCCCACCGAAGUGAAGCCCCUAAACACAAGGAGGGGCGGUGCUAGGGUGGUGACCGGAAGCGGCUCAGCGGCGGUUUGAUAGUUGUCAAGCUGAUUGAACUCGAUGCUGGAAGGAUGUGGAGGUGAUGGGCGACUAGGGAGGAUUUCUUGGAGUGUCUGCAGAAUCCCUGGGCUGCACCCCUUAGUGAAAGCUGCAGGAUCUUCUGUCUGACCCCAGCAGCUCCAGUUGAAUACACAGACCCCACCAGAUCUGGGAACCUGGGAAGAACAAGUCAGCAGGAAAGCACUAGAUUUGAGAUCAAGUGUGAAUAUGGCAGCCAGUAGGAACUCUGUCCAGCCAGAGGGAUGUGGCAACACCUGUGAGGUACUAGUGUCAUUUGAGGAUGUGACUGUGGACUUCAGUAGGGAGGAGUGGCAGCAACUGGACUCUACUCAAAGAUGCCUAUACCAUGAUGUAAUGCUGGAGAACUACAGCCACCUGCUCUCUGUGGGGUUUGAAGUUCCCAAACCAGAGGUCAUCUUCAAGUUAGAACAUGGAGAAGAACCUUGGACGUGGGAGAAGGAAACCCCACAUCAUAGUUGUUCAGGUUGGACAUUUGGGAUGAGGAACUCGGAAGCAAGAUUUUCUGGAAAAACUACAUUUCAUAGGGAAUUUGAGGGUGAUGAUACAAGGGACAAUUCAUUGUAUUCCAUUUUAGAAGAACUGAGCCCACAUGCCGAGCAGAUAAAAAAAUGUCAACAAAAACAGGACAACUCUCUGAGUCGCGCUGCUUUUGUUAAUAAGAAAUUAUUGAAUACAGAAUGGGAUUAUGACUCUACAGACAUUGAUAAAUGCACUUAUCCAAGCUCAAAUCUUAUUCCUUCACAGAAAAGACUCCAUAUAUAUGAAUCAUUUGGAAAGCAUUUUAAGCAUCAUUUAGAUUUACAUAUUCAUAAUAAAAACAAUGCAGUGAAAAACUUUGACAAAAGUGUUAGCCAUGGUCAAGGUUUUGCCCAGAGUUCUUCUUAUACUUCCCAUGAAAAUGUGUACAGGGAAGCAAACUCCUGCAAGAGUGAUCAGUGUGGAGAAGUCCUCAGCUUCAAACAUGAACUCAGUCAAAAUCUGAAAUUUCCUGUCAGAGAAAAAGCAAACACAUGUACUGAAUUUGGGAAGAUCUUGACUCAAAAGUCACACCUCUUUGCACCUCCAAGAAUUCAUCCUGUGGAAAAACCUCAUGAGAUUAACAAAUGUGUAAAUGUUUUAACACAGAAACCACUACUCAGUAUAUAUCUACGAGUUCAUAGAGAAGAAAAACUAUAUGUAUGUACUAAAUGUGGGAAGGCCUUCAUUCAGAAUUCAGAGUUAUUGACUCAUGAGAAAACUCAUACUAGAGAGAAACCAUAUAAAUGCAGUGAAUGUGGAAAAUCAUUUUUCCAGCUGUCAUCUCUACUUAGGCAUCAAACAACUCAUAAUGGAGAAAAACUCUAUGAAUGCAGUGAAUGUGGGAAAGCCUUCUCCUUGAACUCAGCUCUCAAUAUACAUCAGAAAAUCCAUACUGGAGAGAGACAUCACAAAUGUAAUGAGUGUGGGAAAGCCUUUACCCAAAAGUCAACACUCAGGAUGCAUCAGCGAAUUCACACAGGAGAGAGAUCCUAUAUAUGUACUGAAUGUGGGCAGGCCUUCAUCCAAAAGGCACAUCUGAUUGCCCAUCAAAGAAUUCAUACUGGAGAGAAGCCUUAUGAAUGCAGUGACUGUGGGAAAUCUUUUCCUUCUAAGUCCCAACUCCAGAUGCAUAAGCGAAUUCACACAGGGGAGAAACCCUAUAUAUGCACUGAAUGUGGGAAGGCCUUCACUAACAGGUCAAAUCUCAAUACUCACCAGAAGUCUCAUACUGGAGAGAAGUCUUAUAUCUGUGCUGAAUGUGGGAAGGCCUUCACCGACAGAUCAAAUUUCAAUAAACACCAGACCAUUCAUACUGGAGAGAAACCCUAUGUCUGUACAGAUUGUGGCAGGGCCUUCAUCCAGAAGUCAGAGUUAAUUACACAUCAGAGAAUUCAUACUACAGAGAAGCCUUACAAAUGUCCUGACUGUGAUAAAUCCUUCUCUAAGAAACCACAUCUCAAAGUACAUCAGCGAAUUCACACAGGAGAAAAGCCAUAUAUAUGUGCAGAGUGUGGGAAGGCCUUCACUGACAGGUCAAAUUUCAAUAAACACCAAACCAUUCAUACUGGAGAUAAACCCUAUAAAUGCAGUGACUGUGGGAAGGGCUUCACCCAGAAAUCAGUUCUUAGUAUGCAUCGUAAUAUUCAUACAUGAAAGAACCCUGUUUCUUAGAAAUGAGAGAAUUUUAUCACAAAAGUCAAGUCUAAGUGUGUAUUACACAAUCUAUCCAAGACAGAUACUAGAUGAAUACAGUAUAUGAGAAGAAGCAAUAAUCAGGCUGUAUUAUCUGAGAUGAGAACAUUUAUUUAGAAAAGACCCUCUUAAUAAUGCAUUGAAGGAGACAGAAUCUCCAUAUUUAUACAGUCUCAUAAAAUAUAGUAGAACUCAUACUUGAAAAAAAUGUCAUUUUGAUGCAUUGAAAUAGGCCUUUCUUUAUGAAGUGUAGUAAAGCAAGUUGUUACCAAAUUUUUUAUAGGAAGGAGGGUGCAAAAUUAUGUAAGUGACAGUCAUGUUUACUAUGUUAUAAUAAAUAUUUCAAAGUAAUAAAAUGAAAAGUUAGACAAGAAAAUAUAUCUGAUGCAUACCCCUACUGUGAGUUCUAUAGGGUGUCUGUGGCAGAACACAUUGCAUAGCAGGAGGAAUAAUUGAAUUGAAAGGUUUUCUUCAAAUCUAGAAUGCUUGGGCCCAUCAAAUAUGUCUAUUACAUGUUUCUAUUGCGUGAUUCUUCAAAUUAAGUCAGUUUUAUAUAUGCACACAUCUGCAAGUAUAAUUACACAUGAAUAUGUAAAUAUCCUUUCAUUCAUACUAAUGUCUAUGACAUAGUAUUUCUGUCUUCUUUCAUUGUACAAAGCAAAAUGGCCACAGGAUCCUUCCAUAAUUUUAUGCAUGCCCCUUUGCAAUGUUCCUUUGCUUUUAUGAAGAGUAGCAUCUCUUUCUCUACUCUUUGGCUUUAAACUUGACCAUAUCAUUUGUUUUGGCCAAUGGACAAUAGCAAAGAUAUUGAAGAAGAGGCUUGAGAAGUGUGAAAGCCUGCCUUGAGACUUACCUUUUCUUGCUGCUCUUUGGAAUCCUGAAACCUCUGUGUGAUGAAGCUCAGAAUGCCCUACUAGGGGGAAAAAACAGGAUACAGAAUAGAGGCAAGCCAGACCAUCCAAGGCCUCAGAAACCCCCAAGUAGCCUCCAACUAUCAGACAUGGGAGUGAGGCCUUCUUAGACCUCUAGCCCUAGCAAAGCCAGCUUAGCCCAGAAUAGUUAUUCUAGUUAUCCCAAUCACUGUGAAAAAUUACGACAAAUAAAAUGAUCACUGUUGUAAGCAGGAAGUUUUGGGGAUAGUUUGUCACAUACAAAUUCUAAAUAUAUUUAAAAGUAUGUAUGUGUGGAGUAUAUUAUACCCAAACAUGUGUGAUUGGCUUUGGGCCUGGGCAGCAGGUAAAGACUUGAAAAUCAGGAAAACUGUUGGCAAAGGCUGGAAAAGAUGGCAGCCCACAUCAUUUAGUAAGAAAAAAUUGCAAAACAGUUACCAUUCUCUGUAGGAAGAUAGAGAGUGAGUCAUAUGACCUUCUGGAUCUGAUUAAGAAGAUUUUCAGAAGAAUAUGGGAAGUGUCAGUUUGCUUCUUUUUAACUCUAUAUAACGGGACAAGAAAGACAGAAAUAACAAAGUAACUGUCCUACUGGCAAGUAGAAUCAGAAGAAAUACAGAAAAAGCCAGAGCUGAAUUGGGAAAUAGUUGUUUCACAUAGUUUGUUUCUCCAGCCAUCAAAAUAGUCUCAAAGUAGAAAAUGGCCUCGGUAAAUAUCAAAUCAUGGAUGUGUCUAUAAGACCCUGUAUUGCCGUGUGAAAGACAUUGUAUUGUAUUGGUGCUUGUGAGAGUCUCUCAGCUAAACUAAUGGGCAUCUAAAAAUCUUUGUGACAUUAUCUUACUAUAGCUUGACCUACUGCUCUGAGAAAAGCAUAUCUUAAGAAUUGGUGUGGCAUUUGGGUUAUGAUGUUGAUCCAAUCAGAUCCAUAGGAAACCAAUAAAGCUUGUGGUAGAGUUUUAUGAGUGAAACUACCUCUAGAUUGAACUGAAAGGGUCUGAACCAAUUAAAAAUGAAAAACGGGCUCUCGACUUCCCUUCUAAGUUCUACAAAAGGAUAUAAGCCGAGAAAGUUACUCAUCUGCAAACAUGGACUGUUUUUCAUGAGAAACGAAAGAUUUUUCAGAGGGAAGACCCAAGGACGAUGUAUUAAAAUGGACUGUGGAGCCAUCGCCAGGGACACCUGUGCCGUGAUCAAGAAGCCCUAUCUGCCUUUGGAGCAAGGGGUCCUACUAGCAUCUGCUCUAUGGGAUUUCAAAACUGCUAUGAAAAGGUGACUGAUAACGUGCCUCUUGCUCCUCCUCUUUUUUAAUGGGAGUAUUUCAGUUAUUCUGUCACUAUACAACCAUUUAUAUAUGGGAGGUGAUGUCAUAUAGCUCACAGGUGUCUGGACCAAGAAACUGAAAAACUCUGGCCAAAGAGCCUCAGUCCCAGUUCAACCUAGGACAAAAGACCAAAACCCUAGAUGGGAGCCUGAUACCAUAAUCUUAGAUAUUUGAAGGUCCUGGAAUAGAAGUAAACAUACUUUGCAUGGGAUGGUAUUGUGAAUAAUCUGUAACCAAAAGAGGUACUGUGUUAGAAAAAUGCUACAAAAUUUUCUGUGUAUGUAGCUUUUAGCCUUUAUCUUUGUAUUUCUGUUGGUUAUCUUCAAGUGCACUGAUCUCUACUCCUACCCUGGCUCUUUCAGAACUACUGACCCAUUGACAUCAUUUUCAUCUCAGCUGUUUUAUCUUUUACUUUAGUAUUUCCAUUUGAUUUUUACAGUUUGUAUUUUUCUGCCAAAUUUCCCAUCUGUUUAUGUAUGUUGUUCCUGUUUUCUAUUAUUUCCUUUGACUUAAUUUGGACUGUGCUAAGAAAACACCAUAGAGUGGAUGGCUUACAAACAAUAGAAAUGUAUUUCUCAUAGUUCUGGAGGCUGGAAGUCUGAAAUCAUGGUGUCAGUAUAAUUUUGGUUCUGCCAAGGAUCCACUUCUGGCUUGCAAAGUACCAGUUUCUCAAUGUAUCCUCCUUUGGCAGAAAGAGGUAGAGAGCCUUCCGAGGUCCCUUUUAUAAGGGCAUUAGUCGCAUUGAUAAGGGUUUUAUCCUCACAACAUAACUACUUCCCAAAGACCUACCUCCUGAUGCCAUCCCAAUGGGGACUACAUUUCAGCCUACAAAAUUUGAGAGGACACAAACAUCUAGUCUAUAGUAACUUUUACAUAUUAAUCAUAGUUAUCUUAAGUUCCACGUAUGAUAGUUCCAGUAAUUGGCCCAUAGUCUGGGUCUUUUGAUUGCUUUAUCUCUUGAUAGUGGAUUGCUUUCUAUUGCUGUUUUACAUAUAAUAAUUUGUGACUGAAUGCUGGACAUUGUAUAUAGGCUAGUAUAAAUUGAGGUAAAUAAUAUUUAUUCCUGGAAAUAGGCAUGAUUACUCUUAUAAUAGGCCAUUGACAUGGUGGGAUUGAGUCCAUCUGGUCAGCAGUUGGGCUGGUUUUCUGUUUUGUUAGUAUUGUGACCUUCAGUGUAUCAUAGACUUCUAACUCCUCUAAUGUUACCCUGUGUAUAUAACAGACACUAGUUUCUCAGAGAAUUUUCUCAAUGAUCCUAGACCACACUUGCCUUAAGGCUUUUCCUGUGUGUCUGCAUUUCAGGGAGGGUCUCUUUCCAUACUCUUGUCUCAUCCUUAGCAGUAAUUGGCUGUUCUUACUUGGUUCUUGCUGACCUGGUGUGGAAGGAGGAGCAAGAGUUGCUCUAUAUCCCUGGGUCUUCAAGAGUAGGUUUUUUCCAUUGAUCCUGCCCCUUGUGGUCUGAGCCGAGGAUAGUUUCCUCCCAUUCCAUCAUGGGUAGAUUUAUUUUUGUUUUCCGUUCCUCCCAUCACAGUGAAACUUCACCUGUGAUCUAAGGGCAACAGUUUGAUGUACUGUCCCCUGUGCUUAAGGAUUUUGUUCCAUAGGAAAGUAGGGUCCCAUUGGGGCUUUGGGUCAUUUCUAUAUCGACAGCUUUCCCCUUGUAGGUCUAUACCAUUGGAGAGAGGCUUUCUCCUGUUUCUCAUCCUCCUCCCAGUGUUUGUAAGCACCCAGCAGAGGUUUGUGGGGGGGAAAAGCCUGCAAGUAUGUAGACCUUUAGGUCUAAAGUCCUUAGGGAGUCUGUAUCCACACUCCCUCCCACAUUCAACCUUUAAGUCAUAAAAAUUCUUGAGUUUUACUGUUCAUAUGGUGGCCCCCAUCAUCCUGCUCUGCCACAGGCAAUCCUGUGAUAAUUGCCUGCCUCCUGCAAAGCACUUAUCUUUUCUUAUAUUUUGAGCUAGUUGGUUCCUCUGUGACAUUAGCUUUCUGGUGGGUUCACGAAAACUUCUGAGUUUGUAGACUCAGCUUUUUUUCUUAUUAUAAGGAUAGAAUGAUGCUGUUUCCAGAUAUCUACAUCCUAGGCAGAAGCUAGAAGCAUAGAGUCUCCUUUGACCACCGUGAUUGAAUUAAGUUUCUUUUUAAUAUGACUUUGCCAUUUCACCCAUCAAAAUAUAGUCUGUUUCUGAAACCCUUGAAACUGGGCUUGGUUGUCUCUUUGGCCAAUAGGACAUUAGCAGAUAUGAAACAAGCAGAGGCUUGAGAAGUACAUGUACAUUGAGUUUUCCCCAAUCUUGCUGCUUUUUGGAACCCUGGGCCCAUGUGUAAAGAGGCCUGGAUUGGACUGUUGGAAGAUGAGAGACCUCAUGGAACAGUGAUGGAGCAGACACAAACUGUCCGAGAUGAGGCACUGUAGACCAGCUGGAUUGUUAACUGCCCGACAGCCUAGCUAUCCAAUCCUGGAUAAGGCAGGUGGGCAGCUGUCUCAAUUCAGAAUCCUCUGAAUUUACCAUGAGUGACUGCUCCCUCCUAGUAUUCCUGCUCUUCCCCUUGAAUUUGGACUGGAUCUAGAACUUUGGUUCUAGUGAACAGAAAUGAGACACAACUAAGAUCAGGUUACAAAAAGACUGGCUUGUAUUUUCAAUGUUGAUUUCUCAGAGAAUUCUGAGGAGAACCCUAGGGGAAGUAGCCUGUCAUCUCAGCCCUGUGGAAGGACACUUUGGAGUGAACAUAUGUCCUCUCCUAGUCCAGUCUUCAGAUAAAACCAUAGCUAGGUAGCUUGACUAUAACGUUAGACCUUCAGCCAGGGUCACCCUUCUGAGCCAUACCUGAAUUCUGGACCCACAGAAAAUGUGAGAUGAUAAAUGUUUGUUUUAAGCUGCUAAGUUUUAGAGUAAUUCCACAAUAAGAGAUUUAUAAUAUGCUGGCCCAAAUUAGGAAAGCUCUGCUGUACAAUCUACUCAUCCCAGAAAACAGAAUCAUGGAUUAAAAUGUUUAUUGUUUCAAGUCUAAGUUUUGGUAGACUUACUACCCAGGAAAAACUGAUAAAUGCAUUAUUUACUGAAUUUCCUCCAUUAUUCUCCAACAGAUAAUCAGCACUAUUCAACUUCUAUGGGCACUUUUAUGUUUUAAUCUGUGCUUAUAAAUAAAUAUAUAUGUAUAUAUGUCAUGCUUGUAAUCAGAAGUUUUAUUCAGAUUGUUUGAUUUUCAAAAAUAGCAUCAUCACAUACAACCAUCUCUAUAUCUUGCUUUAUUAUUCAGCAAUAACUUAAUGGUUGCAUAUAUGUAGUAACUUCAGUCAUUUACAUAUUAAAAUUUAUUCAUCAACAUUUUCACCUUUUUUGGUCACUGGGAACAAUGCAGUUAAAACUGUUAGGAGAUAAGCUGUGCAAGAGGAUGCAUACUUAUAGUCCUAGCUACUUGAGAGGCUGAGAUGGAAAGAACACUUGAGCCCAUGAGUACAAAGCAGCAUAGCGAGACCUUAUCUCAAAAAUGUUAAGAGGUAGUGUGCAUAACGGUUAGGCAGGUAGACCCAUUAACUGGAGGUAGACCCAUUAACUGGCCUACUAGAUAGAGUUCUGUCCUGGCUCUACCAGUUACUAUGGAUGUAACAUUAGGCAGGUUAGUUACAUCUCUGUCCUGACAUUUGUAGCUAUAAAAGAUGCUCACACUAGUACCUAUCUCAGAUUUGACUGAGAUGUGUGUUUAUUUCUCAGGAGUGCUUUAUAAAGUACCACUCAUUAGGUGAUUUAAAGCUACAUAAAUUUAUUUUUUAAUUUUUUUUAUUUUUUGAGGCAGGGUCUCACUAUGCAGUUCAGGCUAGCCUUGAACUACAGUGAUUUUCCUGUGUCAUCCUCCUGAGUGCUGGGAUUAUAGGUGUGUGCCACCACGUCCAGCAAAGAUACAGAAACUUAUUGUCUCAUAGUUCUGGAGGUUACAAUUUCAAAAUCAAAGUGUUAUUCAGGACUCCCUCUCAAGAUGCUGGUGGAGGAAAUAUUUCAUGCCCUUCUUUGGGUUUUGGUAGACUGGGGUGUUACUUGGCUAGGAGAUGCAACACUCCAGUGACAUGGGCAUUUUUUCUGAGUUUUCACAUUGUGUUCCUCUGUGUGUCUGUCUGAUGUUUAAAUUUCCCCUUUUGUAAGGUUAUAUCACAUUCACAGCCGCCUAAUGACUUCAUUUUAACUUGCUAACUUCUGCAAAGAUUCUAAAUAAGGUUACAUUUGGAGGUCUUGAGGUUAAAAUGUCCACACACCUUUUUAAGAGGAUACGAUUCAACCCCUAUCAAGAAGUUCAUGCACUUAUGUGUGAAGCUCAUAGUUCUUCAUGAAAAUAAGAUACAUACGACUUACUGAAGCUCUUUAGGUCCCGCUGUGAUUCUCUGUUUGAGAUGAGGUGAGAUUUGAGAGCUUAUCUGUGGCAUAUAAGUCUUAUCAGACUGACACCGCAAGAAUUAACAGAAAAAGCAAGUCCAGGACUUGGAGUUUGUGCUACCAGCAUUUGAAGACAGUGUCAAGGAUUCAUUUAGAGAGGACAUGAAAAGGAGCAGCUAGAAAAGUAAAAGCAAGAAGAGGGCUCACUGAUGUAUAUUUCCAAGGGAUGUUUCAGUGGAAAACCUGUUUCAAACUGAAGUUCCAUUCAUAUGCAAAUGGAAACAUUCUUGAAUUUGUGACCAGGAGGUUAUUGUUGACUUUGAUACAUGUUAUUUUGGAAAUGGAUUUAAAAACAACUGAGCAUAUCUAAAGAAAUUUCUGAAUUCAAAUGAUGUUAUUUAACCAUAAAGUAAAUUUUCUGUCAGAAAAAUAUUAGGUCAUGAGGCUGGAUUGCUUUGUUGUUAACUGGUUUAAACUGAAAAAUGAGAGUUGGUCAAGGGUAGAAAUUAUGCCUGUCAUGGUGGCACAUGCCUGUAAUCCCAGCACUCAGAAGGCUGAGGCAGGAGGAUAACCGUGAAUUUGAGGCCAGCCUGGUCUACAUCUUAAGUUCAAGGCCAGUUUGAACUAUGUAGAAAAACCAUGUCUCAAAAAGAAGGGGGAGAAAUUAUAUGAGAUUUGGGAGGUCAAAGGGAAGGAACAAACUUCCUUCUUAAGUUCUUUGAGACUAGAGACAGUGAAGGACAGAGACAGAGUUACUGAGCAGAUACCAUUUUUUCUGCACUUUCUACUCUCUAUACGCAGACUGUCUGUCCACUCCCAGCCUUGCUGACAAGCACUGGCCCCAGGCUGACAGAGGGAAUGGCUUUUCAUAGACUUGGUUAGCUCCCCUUCAGAGUUCCACUUUAGCAGCUGGAUUUUCCUGGUUUAGAUUUUCUUGAAAGGUCUGAUUAAUCUACCAAUACCAAUGACUUCUCUAAUCUUUCAGCUCUUCCUUUUAUACCUUUAUGUCCCCAUAUCUUACUAUAAAUUAUGCAUGGUUUUAUUAAUAUUUAAAAUCCCUUAUUUUAUAAUAUGCAGUGAUUAUGCUUUCCUGAUUUAUACUGAGAUCUUGAUAAAUAUCCUAAUGGUAAUGUUGAGUGAUGCCACUGAGAAAUCUUAAACUUGUUCUCUUUUAUUCUUGUAUAUAAUGUGCCUUUCUGCCAUAUGAUUCAGUUUUAUUCUUGAAAUUUAAGGAUCUAAUAGAAGCAUAUGACUUGGUCCUGAUCUUUGUGCAUUAUUUUAUCUUAGGUAUAGUGAGUCAUUCGAAUCAUUCAUUUCAGGGAAGUUUUAUUUUAACUGUUUUCAGAUCCAUUCCUUCUUCUUCAGGGACAUCACUUAUGUAAGAUAUUUUUGUCUUCUACGUUCAUUUCGUAUCAUUUUUGUUUUGUGUUAUGCCUAUUAAGCCAAUUUAAGCUUCCUAUUAACUCAAUUUCCUUGAAACUGUCAUGUUUAUUCAUUAACAACUCAUUUUCUCAGAUUUUUUUAUAUUCCAGAAUAGUAAAGAUAGAGAAUGUCUCCCUCUCUGGAGACAUUCCCAAAGGAGAUUUGGUUGCACUCUAGGGUAAUAAAAUAUCUGAAAAGGAGAAUGGGCAAUAAAACAGUUUUCCUCCACAUUUUAAUGACUAUAUUUUCUUUUUCACUGGUAUAUGUUUAUAGUACAUAAUGAUUACUUUCAUUGUGGGAAGUUGGUACAUUAUGUAACAUUUCUUAAUUCAUUUUAACCCCCUCCCUCUUGCUCCCUUCCUCUCCCUGUAUCCCUUGGACCCUUUCAUAUAUGUAAUUUUUACAUAAGUAAUUCUUUUUAUGUUUGUACUACAUAAUGAUCACAUUUCUCGUAUGUACUUGGUGCAUGAUAAUUAGUACAUUUUCAAUCAUAGGCAGAGGGAUCACUGGAAAUUUGAGGCCAGCCUGGACUACACAGUUCAAGAGCAGCCUGAACUACAUACGAGACCCUGUCUCCUAACGUGUUGAAAGAACCAUAGAGUACACAUAUGUUUCAUUUUUGCCUUGAUUUAACACUGUAUUUUUAAAGUUUUCCCCGAAAUAGUGACAGUAAGUUACAGACACUAUAUCAUGAUAUCCUAAAAUAAUUGAGCAUCUUGUUUCCCCACAUAAUUGGAAUGUCAUUAUCAAUCUAACUCAUAUGCAGACCACUUUCAAAUUUCUCCCAUUGUCCUCAAAACAUAUUUUACAAGUUUAUUGUAUAAUUCACAUGUGAUAAGCGGAACUUGUUUGUAAGUGUAUCAUUUGAUGAGUUUUGACCUGAGUAUACAGCUUUCAAACCACAGAACAGUGAACAUAUCCAUCACCCCUGGAAAGUUCCCUUAUGCCUCCUCGUCAUCCAGUCCUCCUUCCCUACACUUUCCAUGAUUCACAGUCAACCACUAAUGUGUUUUCUGCUGUUGUAGAUUGGUUUGCAUUUUCAAAAACUUUAUAUAAAUGGAAUGACCCCAGGGGCACCUGUUUGGCUUUUUUCAUUAGGUAUAAUUAUUUUGAAAUCCAUUUGUGUUAUUACAUGUAUUUUCAUUUCUUUUUGUUGCUAAAUGGUAUUUCAUUGUAUGGAUACACCAAAAUUUAUCAUUUCGUGUAUUAAUGGACAUUUGUGUUUCUAAUUUUUGACUAUUACAAAUAAAACUGAUAAAAACAUUGGUAUACAA